AUGGUUGAUUCCGCUCGACUCUCACCAAGCCAGCACGACGCAGAAGGAAAAGGACGACGCACGAUGGUUCAGCUGAGAGUCGCCGUGACCCAGGCCGAGCCCGUCUGGCUCGACCUCGCCGGUGCCGUGGAAAAAACGUGCACGCUCAUCGAAAAGGCCGCGCUCGACGGCGCCCAGCUCAUUGCCUUUCCGGAGUGUUGGAUCCCCGGCUACCCUUGCUGGAUCUGGAGUCGACUGGUUGACCCCGAGCUGAAUAUACGCUACAUCAAAAACUCACCGACGCUCUCCUCGGCCGAGAUUGGCCAGAUUCGAGACUGCGCCAGGGUCAACGGCAUCGCCGUCUCCCUCGGCUUCUCCGAGAAUGACAACAACUCUCUCUUCAUCGCCCAACUCCUCAUCGGGCUCGAUGGCGAAAUCAAGGUCCACCGACGCAAGAUGAAGCCGACGCACAUGGAGCGGACCGUCUUCGGCGACGCCUCCGGCCACUGCCUCCGGAGCGUGGGCGAGCUGCCGUUUGCCCGCGUCGGUGCCCUCAACUGCUGGGAGCAUGUCCAACCGCUGCUCAAGUACAACACCAUCGCUCAGCGGGAGGAGAUUCACGUCGCCGCUUGGCCGAGCUUGACACCGCACGGCGGUGGACCGGACCUCUGGUCGAUGAGUGCCGAGGGAUGCCAGAGCAUAUCGCGCGUCUACGCCAUCGAGUCGGCCACGUUUGUGCUGCACAGCACCGCCGUCAUAUCGGCCAAGGGCGUCGAGACCCUCGGCACCGAGCAGGGCUUCUUCAUGUCCUUUGCUGGCGGUGGCGGCUCUGCCAUCUUCGGACCCGACGGAAGCAGGCUCUCGGAUCCCGUCGACGACACGAUGGAAACGAUUUUAUACGCUGACCUCGACUUGGAUCAGCUGCUCCAUGUCCGCAUGUUUGCCGACUGCAUCGGCCACUACAGCCGCCCAGAUCUCCUUUGGCUCGGCGUCGACGGCACCAUCAAGUCUGUUGUUCGUCCAGACGGGAAUGGAGGGCUUUCUGGCCCCGCGGGCUUGCCGUCUUGA